AUGGAGAAUCUCGAAGACAUGGAAGCCUCCACAGAUGCAUUUGCUACUAACAGCCUUCUCCGUGUGCAAAUUGGCAAUGGCAUCCACCGGAGUCAAUUCCUGAGGAUCUUGAUAUUGGACAAUGUGGACAUACAUGCACUACCGACACUUCCUAAAAGUCUUAUCAAUUUACAAGUGUCUAUAUUAUGGAUGGACACAUUUCCGGAUCUCUCAAACCUCAUAAAUUUAGAGAAAAUGGAUCUGAGUUUUGGCCAGCCUCAUUCCGACAUGAUAUCUAAUGGGCUUGGGGAGCAUCCGAUGCCAGAGUGGUUUGGGGAGUUAAGCAAACUAAAGUUUUUGGCCCUGCACUCUCAUCACGGGACCACCUCACCAACAAACCUUACCCUCCCUCCGCGACUGAAGUCACUUCACCUCAAGUGCCCUAAUCUGCGUUGCCUGCCGAGGCUUCCCUUGAGUUUAUCCUCCUUGAAGUUGGAAGAGUGCUGGUCUCUUUGCUCGAUGGAGGAUCUAUCGAAUUUGAAGGAACUAUCAUCUCUCCAUAUUUCGUCCGCCGCGAUUGCAGAGAUUCAAGGCCUUGGUUGUCUGGAGAACCUACGAGAUUUGCAUCUUUAUUGGCUUGGACAGGUGAAGAUACUACCUGAUCUAAGCAAUUUAAACAAACUAACAUCUCUUCUUGUAGGAUAUUGUGAUGAGCUGGUUGAGAUUCAAGGCCAACUACCUCGGUUUUUGGAUUUCUUUCGUGUUGAUGAUUGUGGUUCACUACAGAAGUUGCCCGAUCUAUCAAGCUUGAUGGACUUUGAACAGCUGCAGAUCCUACCUGAUCUAAGUAAUUCAAACCAACUUAGACGUCUUCUAGUACACCGAUGUGAUAAUCUGGUUGAGAUUCAAGGCGAACUUCCACAAUCUUUGGAAGUAUUGCAUAUUGAGUCAUGUAAAUCUUUACAGAAGUUGCCUAAUGUGUCAAGCUCAACAAGGCUGCAAGAGGUUUGCAUACGUGACUGUAAUGAUCUGGUUGAGAUUCAAGGAGUUGCCUAA